AGGAACAAUCUCUAACAUGAGCGCAAAGGAAGCUAUAAACUAAACUAAAUUUCGAUAUCAACAACAUGCAUGACGUAAAGUACACCAAAACAAAAACUUCUAGCAUAUAUUAUCGUGAUGCAUUUAUAUUUUCAUUUGUAUUUUAUACGGCAUAAUCGAUUUAUGCCUUUAUUCUUACCAUUAAUAUGCAUAUGAGUUUUUAAAAUUUUUAUAAAAUGUACAUUAACUUCAUCUGUAAGCAAUUUAUUUUCAUUGCUAUUUUAUUCUCUAUCUCAAAAUCCGGAGAUAGUUUGUCCCAGAUGGAAAUGAUCCAAAAAAACCUCACUUUGCAUUGCUUUAUAGAUAAUCUAACACAUAUUGCUAUCGGAAUAAUUAGCUGGUUAAUUGUCAUAAGUUAUGACAAGAUCAGUUUGUCGCAUUUAUUGCAAAGCCUUUUAUGCGGUUUCUUUGCCGGAAUUAUUGAUGUAGAUCAUUUUUUGAUGGCGAAAUCACUAAAUUUAAAAGAUGCAGUAAGCCUGCCUUCAAGACCACCCUUUCACAAUACAACAUUAUUAGUUUCAAUAGUAACAUGUUUUAUCAUUCUCAUGCAUAACAUAGAACAAAAACCAGCAGAAAAAAUAGGAUGGUUUAUGUUAGUAGCAGUUGUCUCCCAUCAUUUGCGUGAUGCUAUGCGUAGAGGACUCUGGCUAUGGCCGUUUGAGACGAAACCUUUAGGUUUCUGUGACUCUGUUAUUAUAAGCUAUUUAUUUUCUUUGGGAGUUGGUGCAUUGAUUAAAAUAAUAGAUCAUCCUGUACCAAAAGAAAAAACUGCAUUUGAAGUAUAGUAAAGUAAUGUAACCAGGUCGACCAGCACCAUAGAGAUUUUUCUCGAAAUUUCUGUGUAAUGCAGACAUGUGAUAUAAAAAUGUUGCAUUUUUUGUUAUUUUUACUAAGUAUAUUUAUUACUUUGUGCAUUUUAUAUGAAAUACUAGUCAUAUAAAUAAAUGAAUUUUUUUGUAUUUUUAUUUGAAUUUCACUAUCAGUGCUCCCAAUAAUUUAAGAAACACACCAAAGAAUUGAAGAAAUUUUAUCAAGUAUCAAAAUAAGUUUCUUCGUCUAGUCUUCGUUACUUAAUUCUUGAUUAUGUACCAAAUUAGAUGUGACACUGUUGGAUAAGCUUAAAUUGGCAAAAAGAAAUACUUCUACAAAUAUC